GAUGUUUUUUUAUGUUUGGAUGACGAAUGUGGUUUGGAUAGUGGAUAGUUGAAAUCUUGUUGGGGAUAAGGGCGGGUUUUAGUAGGUGAAAAGAAGUGCAUUUUUUGUUGUUUUUUUUUUGGGUUUUGAAGAAUGAGACACUCUUCUUCGUCGGGGCUUAAUCAACAGACUCAGGAAGGAGAGAAGAAAUGUUUGAAUUCGGAGCUAUGGCAUGCAUGUGCAGGCCCUUUGGUGUCACUGCCUCCUGUAGGAAGCCGGGUGGUCUACUUUACACAGGGUCACAGUGAGCAGGUUGCUGCCUCAACCAACAAAGAAGUGGAUGCGCAUAUUCCCAAUUACCCUAACUUGCCCCCACAACUUAUUUGUCAGCUUCACAAUGUGACCAUGCAUGCUGAUGUGGAGACAGAUGAAGUAUAUGCUCAAAUGACCUUGCAACCGCUGAGUCCGCAAGAGCAAAAAGAAGUAUACCUACUGCCUGCAGAAUUGGGUACUCCCAGCAAACAGCCAAGCAACUAUUUCUGUAAAACAUUAACUGCAAGUGAUACUAGCACUCAUGGAGGAUUCUCUGUUCCUCGUCGGGCUGCUGAAAAAGUUUUUCCUCCUCUUGACUACACGCUGCAGCCUCCAGCUCAAGAAUUAAUUGCAAGGGAUCUUCAUGAUAAUGAAUGGAAGUUCAGACAUAUAUUUCGAGGGCAGCCCAAGAGGCAUCUUCUUACCACGGGAUGGAGUGUGUUUGUGAGUGCAAAGAGACUUGUUGCUGGCGAUUCAGUCCUUUUCAUCUGGAAUGAAAAAAAUCAACUGCUAUUGGGCAUCCGGCGAGCGAAUCGUCCACAGACUUUCAUGCCUUCAUCAGUUUUGUCAAGUGAUAGCAUGCAUAUUGGUCUUCUUGCUGCUGCAGCUCAUGCAGCUGCCACAAAUAGCCGCUUUACUAUAUUUUAUAACCCAAGGGCUAGUCCAUCUGAGUUUGUCAUACCCCUGGCCAAGUAUGUAAAAGCAGUCUACCACACAAGGGUUUCUGUGGGCAUGCGAUUUAGAAUGCUGUUUGAAACAGAAGAGUCAAGUGUGCGACGGUAUAUGGGUACUAUAACCGGAAUCAGUGAUUUAGACCCUGUUCGCUGGCCAAAUUCACAUUGGCGCUCUGUGAAGGUUGGAUGGGAUGAAUCUACUGCAGGGGAGAGGCAGCCGAGAGUCUCAUUGUGGGAGAUUGAACCAUUAACAACAUUCCCAAUGUACCCUUCCCCAUUUCCCCUGAGACUGAAGCGACCAUGGCCGUCAGGGCUACCCCCUUUCCACGGUCUCAAAGACGGUGAUAUGAACAUUAAUUCUCAACUAAUGUGGCUCCAAGGUGGGAUUGGAGAUCAGGGAAUUCAAUCUUUGAACUUCCAAGGGUUUGGUGUUACACCCUGGAUGCAGCCAAGGCUUGAUACUUCUGCGCCAGGUCUACAACCAGAUCUAUACCAAGCCGUAGCAGCUGCUGCACUUCAGGAUUUGAGGACAGUGGAUCCUUCCAAAUGUUCUUCUCAAUCUUUCCUGCAGCUCCAGCAAUCUCAGAAUGUCUCCAAUGGGCCUGCCUUGACUCAGAGGCAGAUGUUACAGCACUCCCAAUCACAAAAUAACUUUCUUCAGAGCUUCCAAGAAAAUCAGGCCCCCACCCAAGGUCAGCUUCUGCAACAACCAUUGCAGCGGUACCACCCAUAUAAUGAUCAGCGGCAGCAGCAGCAACUUCAACAGUCCCAGCAAUUGCACCAUUUGUCUGUCCAGCAGCAGAUCCCAAAUGUCAUCUCUGCUCUAUCUAAUUUUGCACCCACCCAGUCACAUGCUUCAUCUCUGCAGCCCAUCUCUUCACAAUGCCAGCAGCAGAGCUUUCCUGACCCUGUUGGGAACCCUAUUUCCACAUCUGGUGUAUCUCCUAUGCACAGUAUAUUAGGUUCAUUAUCCCAAGAUGGAGCAUCCCAUUUACUUAACUUUAAUGUAUCCAACACUGCAAUCUCUUCUUCUUCCAUGUUACCCAAGCAAAUUGUGGUUGAGCCUCACCUUCCAUCUGGAGCUGCUGAGUGUGUAGUGCCUCAGGUGGGACAGUUGGGAACUUCUCAGUCACAUGUCUCUGAACUUGCUACUUUGCCUCCAUUUCCUGGGAGGGAGUACUCUGCAUACCAAGGUGCUACUGAUCCACAAAGCAAUCUUUUGUUUGGGGUCAAUAUUGAUUCCUCGAUGCUGCAAAAUGGGAUGCCAAACCUGAGAAAUAUUGGCAGUGAAAAUGAUUCAUUGUCUAUGCCAUUUGCUGCUUCAAAUUUUACAAGUGCUGCAGGCACUGAUUUUCCACUAAAUUCGGACAUGACAACUUCAAGUUGUAUAGAUGAAUCAGGUUUCUUGCAGUCUUCCGAAAAUGUGGACCAAGUAAAUCCAUCUACCGGAACCUUUGUGAAGGUUCACAAGUCAGGGUCCUUUGGGAGGUCACUGGAUAUUUCCAAAUUCAGCAGCUAUGAUGAGCUGCGCAGUGAGCUCGCUCGCAUGUUUGGCCUUGAAGGCCAAUUAGAGGACCCACAGAGAUCAGGCUGGCAGCUUGUAUUCGUUGACCGGGAGAAUGAUGUUCUUCUCCUGGGUGAUGACCCUUGGCAGGAGUUUGUAAACAAUGUAUGGUAUAUAAAAAUACUCUCUCCACUUGAAGUGCAACAAAUGGGCAGAGAAGGCAUCAACCCUGGAAGUUCUGCUAAACUCUCUAAUGGCAGCAAUCAUUGUGAUGACUUUGUGAGCCGACAGGGCUUGAGGAAUUCAAGCAAUGGGAUUGCAUCUAUGGGGCCUCUUGACUACUAAGGCAAAUGCUUUGAAAAUAGAGUCAAGAAUUAGCGGCUAAUGAAAUUUUAAAAAUAUCAGGUACUGUUUCUUCUGAGAAGUGUAUUAAAACUUGUAUAUCAGUUAUUGUUGUAUAUUACAUAAUAGGACACUUUGUUUCUGUGUCAACCACGAUAGUGCUUAGUACAAGAUGUAUUGUUUAGGUGGAUCAAAUCUUAAUGGUAGCAGAUUGCUUGCUAUAUUAUGUUGUAGUUUAUUAGAGGAGAUUAAAGACAUCAUGACAUUUAAGGAAGAGCUAAGCAUUUAGUUUUGUCUCA